AUGGCUUCUGUCCCCGCUGCAGACCUUAGCCCUGAGCAGAAGGAUGAGCUUGUCUGCACCUAUGCCGCCCUCAUUCUACAUGAUGACGGCGCUGAGAUCACGCCAGCAGCCAUGACCAACCUGAUCAAGGCUUCUGGCUGCAACGUGGAGGCCUACUGGCCCAUGCUGAUGGCGAAGAUGAUCUCGAACGUCGGCAUGGAGACGCUCAUCAAGCUUGGCAGCGGCGCCGGCGGUGGGGGCGGCGGCGGAGGCGCCGCCGCGGCCGGCGGCGGCGGCGGAGAUGCUGGCGCGGGCGGCGGAGCAGCCGAGGAGAAGAAGAAGGUCGAGGAAGAGGAAGAGGAAGAGGAGAUGGAUUUCGACCUCUUCGGCUAG